AUGAACGAAGAAAAGAACUUUGAAUCGAAAAAUUCAUUGGGAAAUUUUGAUCAAAAAAACGAUAAUGCAGCUUUGAUUGUAUCCGAAUUGAUUGAUUUACUCAACGAUGAAAGAACAUAUCGAGAUAUGGGCAUUAUCAUUGAAAUUACUAAAACUGUACAUUUAUUAAUAAAACAAGGUGGAUCUCGAAGCAACGAGGUUCUUGCCCAUCCAAAUUUGAUCAUAACUUUAACAAAAUUAUUCAAUACCGACAAUGAUCUUACACGUUUAUUGGCAAGUUUAUUUCAUGAUCUUUCAAUUGAAGAAGAUGGAAUCCGAUUAUUACUUCUAACUGGUGUUAUACCAAUUCUUCUUCAAACACUGGAAUCCUUAAAUGAUGAUGUCAUCAAUUUUGUGCUUACCACACUUCGUAAUUGUCUAAUUGGUUUAAACGAUGAAUCAGCAGAAGAAAUUCAAGCGCAUAAUGGCUGUAUGACACUCAUAUCUUUGCUCAUUCAUCGACAUUCAAAUAAACAAAUGAAUUUUCUUGCCGAUUGUCUAUUGCGUUUAGCUAUGUUUAAUACAAAUGCACAAAUUUAUUUACAAACAAGUAAAUUAUUUUUACAAGAAUUAGUUACUAUACUCGAUGAAACAAAUUACAAUAAACUCUCAUUUACACUCAUACGUAUGCUUCCAUUAUUAUCUUCGAACAUAAAUACAAAAUCGAUAUUGAUACAAUUUAAUAUAAUUCCAAUACUUGAACGUAUAUUACAUAUGAAAUAUGAUUAUAAAAUUCAACGUUAUUGUCUGUUAACAUUGAGAAAUUUAUCCGAUCAAAUUAUUAACAUGGAUAAUUUUGAUUCAUUAAUUAUUACAUUUCUACAAAUACUUCCAUCGACGAACGAUAUACAGAUAAAAAUGUAUAUUAUUGAUAUUCUAUCCAAUUUAUCAUGUGAAAAUCAAUCUAAUAAAGCAUUAAUGAUACGAAAUAAUGCUAUUCAAAUACUUGUAACUAUUAUUAUUCAAAAUGAUCAAAGAGAUAAUAUUAUUGAAUCAACACUAUGUACUCUUCGACACUUAACUGGUAAAUGUCCGUUGGCACAUGAAGCUCGUGAAUAUAUUCGAAUAAAUCAUGCGAUUCCAUAUCUUAUAAAAUAUCUUCAUACAAAAGAAAAUAGUUGGUCUUUACUUAAGACAUGUAUUGGUCUUAUACGUAAUUUAGCAUUAUCAUCGAGUAAUUUAAUCAUACUGUGUGAACAUCGAAGUGUAUACAAAAUAGGAAAAUUAUUUUUUCAAAUGAAAACUACACCUGAACGUAUCGAAUUAUUUAUCACGACAUUAUUUGUUUUCUGUCGACAACAAAAUGAAAAACUUCAAAUGAGUAUUUAUGAUCAAAUUAUUGAUUCAGGUUGUAUUGAAACACUUGUUCAAUUUGCAUCAUCAACUAAUUUUGGUAGAAUUCAACAAAUGUCUAUGGAAAUUUUAGAUGACUUAAGUCAAAGUGAUCGAAUUGAACAUCGAGAAAUGAUUAGAGAAACAGAUAAAUCAGUAAAAAUUGCACAAUUUUUACAACAGAGCUAA